AUGAGUCUCGAUCUCUCUCGCUGCGUGUCAAAUUCAACCAUAGAAGAAGCUAUAAAGAACCAAAACGACAUAGCGUUGGUCCUUUCGAAGCAUAUCUUCUCUAAAGCCAAACAUUCCAACGCCAUUUUCUCUCCGGCGUCGAUAUACGCCGCGCUCACUUUGGCAGCCUCUGGUCCCACCAACGGAAGUUCUUUAGUCUCCGACGAGAUCGUCUCCUUCCUGAGGUCUCCUUCGAUCGAUGAGCUAAACGCCAUCUUUAGCGAGAUCGUUUCCGUCGUCCUUGCGGACCGUAGCGCGAACGGCAGUCCAAAGAUCUCGUCGGUCAAUGGCGUCUGGGUCGAGCAAUCGCUACAGACUGAUCCAUCGUUCAAGGAUCUCUUCGAGAAUAGCUUCAAGGCUCGUUUCGAACGCGUAGAUUUCCGAUCAAAGGCUGAAGAAGUGCGUAUUGAAUUGAAUUCAUGGAUUUCAAAACACACCAAUGGUCUCAUCGAAGAUGUUCUUCCUCCUGGAUCCGUUACACACUUAACCGAAUGCGCUUAUGGAAACGCAUUGUACUUCAAAGGGAAAUGGAAAGAUUCAUUUGAUAAGUCAUGUACGAGCGACAGAGAGUUUCACCCUCUCAAUGGAACCUCAGUGUCUGUGCCAUUCAUGAGCAGCUACAGGAAACAAUACCUACAGGCUUAUGAUGGUUUCAAGGUCCUCAAGAUACCUUAUCGAAAAGGCAGUGAUGAUACCAAUCGCAGCUUCUCAAUGUAUUUCUAUCUCCCGGACAAGAACGAUGGACUGGAUCAUCUUGUGAAGACAAUGGCAUCUACUUCUGGAUUCCUGGAUAGUCACGUUCCAAGUUGGAAAGUUUCUGUUAAUCAACUCAGAAUCCCAAAGUUUAAGAUGGAUUACAGAUUAGAUGGUGGAAAGGUUUUAAGUGAGUUGGGAUUGCGUUCAAUGUCCUUGUACCAUAAAGCUUGUGUUGAGAUCGAUGAAGAAGGGGCUGAAGCUGCUGCUGCUACUUUUGUACUUGCUACAACGACAAGUAGUUGUUAUAUGGAGCCGAUGAUUGAUUUUGUGGCAGAUCAUCCAUUUUUGUUCUUAACUAGAGAAGACAAAAGUGGAACUGUUUUGUUCGUUGGUCAGAUCUUCGAUCCUUCCAACAAAUCUUCUUAG